ACUGCGCCUUUUUUCUAAAUGUGCAAACCAGCCUGCGGGCGGUUUACUCAGCUCAACCCUCACACACAUUUACAGAUAGCUAGUUGUCGGUCGGGACUGGGGGGUAGUCUAUCUCGGAAAUAAUCUGCCCACGCGUUAAGCUGCUUUAUCCCCGCCAAGCCUCAGUCGGACACAGACUGCUGCUGCAGCUCCGCUACCCGUCACAGGGAAGUCGGAAUUAGAGUGGGAGAAAGAAAAAGUGACACAGGCUGCAGACAAGUUUGAGAUUUUUUUUCAUUGUGACAGAAUUAGAGAAGUGUGUGCUCAGUUUGCAGCAUAGGUUACAUAGAGACCUGACUGGACCCUGACUGGAAGACCUGAACCCGAACCCGCUCAGUCUGGGAGGCAUAAAACAAGUACACACUAGGAAUUUAACCACAAAGAGAAGCUGGCACCGGUGGUUUGGGCAUGGACAACCCUGGAUUUUGGAUAUUCCUGAUAACAACUUGUGUUACUCCAGGAAUAAAUGGCCAGACUGUGGAAAUGGAUGAUGGGAAGUCGGGGUAUGUUGGCUCAAAGGCGGAUCUCUGCUGUCGGUUCAUCAACAGCUCCCCGCCUGUCAAAAUCUCCCAGGUAACAUGGCAGAAACUGGUGAAUGGAACUAAGCAGAAUGUGGCAAUCGCCAAUCCCUCCCUGGGUGUGUCUGUGGCCCCGCCCUACAGGGACCGUGUCACCUUCAAGAACGCAGCUGUGAGGCGACGAACUCCGACUCUUGAAGACACCACCAUCACCUUCUCUGCGCUCCGCCUCUCUGACGAGGCAACCUACAUCUGUGAAUACACCACGUUCCCCGCAGGGAACCGAGAAAACACUGUAAACCUCACUGUCUUCGUACGCCCGACAACGCAGAUGAGUCUGUCCACGCCGACGCUGGUGGCUCGUUCAUCCAAUCUGAAAACACCGGUGGCCACGUGUGUCUCUGCCAAUGGAAAACCGCCCGGAACCAUCAGGUGGGAGACAAGGGUUCCGGGAGAAGUGACCACCCGAGAAUACAGAAACUCAGACGGGACAUUCACCGUUCAGAGUGACUACAUUUUGGUGCCCAGCAAAGAAACACACAAGGAGACGCUCACCUGUGUCACAACCUACAACGAGGAGGUCUUCACUGACAGCGUCACUCUCGAUAUUCAGUAUGAGCCGGAUGUUUCGGUGGAUGGGUUUGAUGGAAACUGGUAUCUGAACCGAGAGAACGUCCAGCUGAGCUGCCAAGCUGACGCCAACCCAGCCGUCUCUCUGUAUCAAUGGAGACUGGUUAAUGGAUCCAUACCGAGCAACGCUGAGAUCCGAGACAAUGUCCUGACCUUUAAAGGGCCGGUCACAUAUGACGUGCAAGGUACCUAUGUGUGUGAUGCAACCAACAGCAUUGGGACACGAUCGGGCUCUGUGGAGGUCAGCAUUAUAGAAAAGCCACUACCGCAGAUCGCAACAGGUGAUGUCAUCAGCGUAAUCGCCUUAUUACUAGCUGCUGGAGUGCUCAUGGGCAUUACUGUCACAGUCCUGGUGCUCAAAAUAAGAAGUAGGAAAGAUGACUCCUCAAAUGACUCUCCGUCCAGAAAACUGUCCCAGCCGAUAAGGAAAAGACCAGCGGAUGACAUCCAGCAUUCAGGACGGUUAUAUGAAGAGCUUCCAAACACUGCAGACUAUGUGAGCUACAGACUGGCCUGUAACAAGGAGGACUACCCAGAGCCCUACUCCCCUCCCAUCAAUCCUCCGCUCUCAUUUCUGCCCCAACAUCCCUACCACUCCUCACAGCCAACCACUGCAACCAGCAGCAGCACCACCACCAUGUCAAAGAACACCUUCUCUCCUCCUUCACACACCACGGCCAUCUUUAAAUACCCCUCGGUACCGGGCCUGUCUUCUCCUCCCCCGGGAGUGGCGGCGUACACUUUUCCCAAAGAGCAGUACGUCUGAACCGACACUUCGUCACAAACUCAAACCUCCCCAGUGAGCUUGGAUGAAACAACCGGAUCUAAACCCGAACCUUCCUUAAGAGGAGGUUGUUGUUUAACCCUGGACUGUCAGGCAGCGUCUCUGCAAUGUCUGCACCACUGUGGACGACUCUGGAAGUCAAAGGACAACGCAGCUUUUGUUUUUGGACUUGGAAUUUAGUCCAAUUUUGAAACAUUUUCUCUCUUUUGUCUGGUCUUUUAUUGUGUUAUCUAUUCUUUGAAAAGGGAAGAUUGUUGAACCAUGUUUUAAAUGCAAGUUUUAGGAUAGAGGAAGGUCAAGUUAAAGAUGAUUUGACUGUCACUGGAAAAAUGUAUAUUACAUGGAUGUAUAACAUUUGAUUGGAAAAUACUUCCAACUGAAUGGAUAGGAUUAUCUCUUCAUGUCUGAUGUGGUUGACCCCUUACUUUGUCCUCUAUGGUUAUCAUUUUGUAAAAAAAAAAAAAAAAAAAAAAAAAAAAAAAACUGAUUAUAAUAUACUACUUAAUCUCUAAUGCCCAUUCUCUUUAUUCUGCAUCGUACACACUGCCAAUCCCUUUACUGAGGACCAGCAGACCUCACCUUUUAGUUUUACCUGAUGUUCUGAUGUAAUACUUUUACUGUGCUUGUAUUUUGUAUCAUUUAUGUUUUUCUUUGCAAAGAAAAAACAUUUUUAUUUACUGAAGACAUUUAUGAAAUUGAUGUUUUUAUUUGUGGUAUCUGUGGGUUUUAGUAUUCAUUGACACUGGUUGUUGGAUGAGCCUUGAAUUUUUAGCAUUUAAAUAAAAAUGAUGAUGUAAACUUGUA